ACCGAAUGUUGUCGCAAUCAUCACAUAUCAUAAAUUUCGAAUAGUCCAAGGACGGAACUAUGGACUAUUUUUUUUUUUAUCAAACUUGCAGAGAGGGAAAUAUAUUUAUUUGUGACGUGUAAUCCGUUUUUUGUCCUUUUGCUAAGCUGCUCCGAUAAAAACAUUUGUCUAGUAUCCGCGAAACUGAAACUGUGGCAGAAACGAUGGUGAAAACCGUCUAAAAUCUGUUAAUAAAGAUUGAGACGGUAAGAAGUAAAUUUUUUUCCCGACAACCCAUUUACUUGUUUCAUUUAGUUCGCAAAGUGACCGAAGUUGGCCUCGGAAUGUUAGGAGAGUGGCGCUUCUAGGUCUUCAUUAAUCUAUGGUCAAAGCUGCCAAACGCACGUGUGCGGCGUGGAUAUUUUGAAGUUCCAGGAUGAUCGAUUCUUGCGUGCAAUUAUUUUGCACAAUGAGUGAAAAUAAGAAUUGAAACAAGAACGUGUCGACCAAAAAUCCGCUACGGGUGGUAAAUUUCACUAUGACGACUAACGGCUGUGACUGGAAAUUCAGAAAUCGUGUCAGCAAAUUGCUGACCGAUAAAAUCAGUUCGAUUGAAAAUUCGAAGGGUCGUUCCGACAAACAAAAGCAAAUGACUGAUCGUUUUACAAAGAAACCCGUCGUUAUUUUACAACCACCACAAACAAUUACCGUCGUAGACGAUGAGUCCUCAACUGAAGUUUCGACCAAAGACGUAGACGAAGUACUUAACAAAAAGUCAAGAUCAGAUAAACGUAAAAAACGUCCUAGUCAAGACAGCUGCGAAGCAAUGAAGAAACAAAAAGUACAGAAAGAAAAACAAAAAGUUAAGAAAGGAAAAACUCCUCAAUUAGAUCGUAUUUUAAAAAAAGAAAAGGCACGUUCUAAAUGUUUAAGACGGAAUACGUCGAAAUCUGAGAAAUUGCGAAAGUUUUCGACUGACAAUUUGCAUCCUACAGAGAAUACUGAUCACGAUAAUACUCAUACCGACGAUAAUUUGACGGAAAAUAAUCACGUCUUAAAUGAUUCAACAACGAUUUCCGAAAGAAAAAAGAGAUUUGAAGAUCCAACGGUAAUAAGUGGAGUUCCAUUAAACGUAUCAAACUUGUCAAUAUUUAACUCGUCAGUUACAUACACGAGUGCACAUUUCACGGCGACAAAUUCGCGGGAUGAUUUUGCUCAUCGCUUUUUCUCUGACGCGGAAGAUUCGAAUUCGAGCGGUAAUUUAAUAGAUCCCUAUUGCAAAGCCACGAUCAUGGAAAAUGCCACAAUGGAUACUGAAUCCAUUGAUGGAUGUGGUAACGAAGGCAUCGACGAUGUUGCGAAUCUGUUUGUAGAUACAUCCGCAGAUAUCGAGGAGUAUGAUUCGGACGUAUCGUUUGUUUCGAGUGGCGACAAAUCACAUCCAGAUUCUUGUUCGACUCCGACCAACUACGAUUUCGGGGUGGAACUUCCGUUUCAGGAUUCGGAAAUAACGUCGGAAAUCCAGUCAAAACUAAAGCCCAAAUUUUACAGUCUUCAAAGUAAGGUGAUAGCCACGAUGAGUCCGUCGUGUAAAUUUUACUUCAACGGAAAAUUGCGCGUCAAAGUCUUGAUCGGUAAGGUAGAAAUAUACGGGUUCGUUUUUAGUAAAAGCGAAACUGUCGUACCGGCCGAGAUAUAUUCGCCAAGAGGGGUGAGUUUGGCGAGCAUAGAAACCGUCUGCGACGAGAUUAACGAUAAUACGAGCUUAGAAAGCGUUUGCAAUUUGCUGAGAACUGAGGGAAUGAACAUCGACGCAGCGGAAAAUCUCGCGCGGAAACUGAACGGACAAACGGUCGUAGUUUUAGAAAAUUUGGAAAACACGUUGACGAAAUUUUUGGACAUUUAUUACCAGUUCAAACUCUUUCCAAAGAUCGAAGAUACGACGAAUUACCACAACUCACAUCCAAAGAAGGCGGAAAAAUUGUUGCAGACGAUGUUUCAGUACGACGAUCUCGGAAAGCAGUUACAGAAAGAUAGUUAUCGCGAUUCGAAUGUACUGAAACGACUUGUGGACCAGAAUCCGAAUGAUUAUCAACGGAUAUUGAUUGCCGGUGGCAAGAACGUCGGAAAGUCGACGACUCUGCGAUAUUUCGUAAACGGUUUGUUGCCCACUCGCAAGGAAGUCGUCGUCGUAGAUUUCGAUCCCGGUCAGCCUGAAUUCACGCCGCCCGGAUGCAUUUCUUUGAACUUGAUCGACCGGCCUUUGACCGGGCCGAAUUACACGCACAUGAAAUCCCCGUUUUACCAGCUUUAUAUCGGCGAAAUCGACGUCACCCGAUGCAUUCCACGUUACGUAAAUGCGGCGAAAAAAUUGGUGGAAUACCUAAACGAAUCGACGAGACUACGGAACAGUACAGUCGUCAUUAACACGAUGGGAUUUUGCACCGGUAUCGGAUGGGACAUCAUCGUCUACAUUAUCAAACUAAUUCACCCAUCAACAGUCGUGCAAAUAGGUAGCCAUAGACCGAAAAACAACUUCCUUCACUCGUUGAGCAGUGAAGUGAUCAACGGGCAGAUCCCGACUCUUUCACCGGAUCGUUUAGCCGGUAGUUCGGACGAUUAUCAGCUCUGGGAUAAGUUCUGCGAUCACGAAUUAGACGUGGUGCCAACGCUCGCUGAAUCGAAAGGAAAAUCCGGAGAUUUGUGGGAAAUCGGACCACGCGAGCAGCGUGAUCUGACGCUUCUAUCGUACCUCAGUAAAAUCGUGAAGUACGACGCGAGCGGCGAAAAGUUUUUAUUCUCUCAGUCGUUGCGAAUCAACGAGACAAUUCCCUACUCGAUACCGUUGUCGAGUUUGACGAUAUCGCUGAUGCGGCCUUUGGUACCAGCUUCUCAUAUUUUGGCAACAAUGAACGGGAACAUCGUUGCCUUGUGCGGGAUCGACGAGACCCAAGAGAAUUCAGAGGAAUCUUAUGUUGCGGAUGAAGUUCAUACCAAAACUUUGCUGAGAGCGCCGUUAUCGACGUGUUACGGAUUCGGAAUCGUGCGUGGCGUCGAUGUGAAAACUGGAAAGGCAUAUGUCAACACUCCACUCUCUGUCAGCGAGUUACAAUCCGUAAAUGCCUUCGUCGGUUCCAUUCCGUUACCUCCAGCAUUGAUUGGUGGUCUAGAUCAUCGUAAUGCGCCUUACGUAGGCGAGGAAGUCAAUUUACCAACGAGCAGAGAGACUAAUCGUAGAUUUUUCCGAAUGAGGCGUAACUUUAUAAAUAGAUACUGAAUCGAGGGAAAAAAAAAACAAAG